GGCCGCCCUCCGGCUGUUUCUUGGCCCCGGGGCAGCCGAGGCCCAGAAGAGCCGAAGGGAAGUUACCGGGACUGCAUCCGGGGAAGCCCCGCCCUGCAAAUUUAGUCCGGUCGGGGGACGAGCAAGGCGGCUUCCCCAACAGCUUCUCGCUGCUAAGGGGCCGGCUGGCCUGGGGCCGCAUCCCCGGUGCCAAUUGGGCUGGGCUGGGGCCGCCCGGCAGGUGUCUUUCUGCCUUCGCUGCAGCCAGCAAUUGGAGCGGCCGGAGUUUGGCGGCCGAGCAGCAGUGGGGAAUUCGCCGAACAUCUCCUGGUUGCGAAGCCGGAUCUCAUCGGCCCGUCGCCCGGGCAGCCCCCGGCUAGGGCGGGCGGGGUGGCCCUCACCUCGGCGGCGGAAAAAGCUUCGGAAGGGCCUCUUUAAGCGGAGCCGCCUUUGCCGCUCAAACUUCCGGCUGCAGAGGGAACGCCAGAAGCGCUGAUUUUGCAACUAUUCCGUUUUAUGAUUUGAGACGUGUUUUCUCUCGGGGCUUCCGGUUCCCGCAGGGCCAGGGGGAGCGUCCGGGACAGCAAACACCUGAGCUUCCCCGCGGCUCUGCUCCACAGACGCUCUCCCGUGGUUAGCCUGGCCAGGCCGGCGGACAAGCGCGAGACCUCCUGGGAUUGGCUGGCCUGACCAUUUUCCCCGCCAUGCCAGCCGGGUGGAGCCAGUCUCCGUCUCCCUGGGAAGCUGCUUCAGGGAAGCGCUGAACUGGGCAGCCUUAUGCCGUGAAAUAAAAUCUCGGUCUGGGAUGGGGGUUCAAAGAAAGAAUGGGGGAGCCACACCUCAUGUUGGCAUAAGAGGCCCAUUGGCAGAGCUCCAGCCACAGGGAGGACUCAGGAGUUGACCCUCAGGAGAGUCCAGGGAUGACAAAGGAGGCUUUGCUGGUUCCCUCUUUCUGGGCAGUCUGGCCAACUCUGCUCUGAAGCGCCUCCUCCCUGUCCUUGGCUGUGCCCCAGUCACUUCUGCUGCUUUAGGCUUCCCUGGAGAGAAAGCUGCCCUUUGCUCAGGGCCAGAUGUCCCCCACUGCCUUCUGGCUCGUGACUCACUUGUGGAAGAAGGUGGGUCUGUGGAGGCCUUUCCACCCCUUCCCCCUCUCCCAGCUUGCUCUCCUCUCUGCGCAACAGGCCUGGAUUGGAGAUCUCCAAAGCAGCUGCCCUUCAGGGAACCCCCACAUCAAGGCCAACACCCGCUGGAUUGCAUUCAGCACAGACCUGGCAGGCGUGCUGGGUGCUGUGCCCCUGGAGAGCCCAAAGGGGAUCAAGAGAGUUAUCUCUCAUCUGCACUGCCAUUCAGAUGUGGUGACAGACUUUGACUUCUCUCCCUUUGACCAGCAGCUGCUGGCCACCGGAUCAGCAGAUGAAGUUGUGAAGGUGUGGCGUCUCCUUGAGUCUGGCCAAGACCUCUCCUCUUCCCCCCACGUGAUGCUGGGGCCAGAGAGGAGCCGGGUGGAGGUGCUUCUCUUUCACCCCACGGCGGAUGGUGUCCUGGCAAGUGCGGCCGGGAAGGCAGUGAAGAUCUGGGAUGUGGAGCAGCAACAGAUCCUUACUGAGCUGGAGCCUCACCUGAACUGGGUGCAAAGUUUGGCCUGGAAGCCGGACGGGUCACUCCUGGGCACUUCUUGCCAGGACAAAAGGCUGCACAUCUUUGACCCACGGGCCAAGUCGGUGGCCUGCCAGACUGUCCUGGCACAUAAGGGCGGCAGGGAGGCCCAGCUGCUGUGGGUGAACACGGAAGGCUGCUUCCUCUCCGUGGGCUCCAACCAGAUGAUGGAACGGGAAGUGUGCCUCUGGGACAGCCGCCAGUUGAGCAGCUCCCUGACCUCCGUCACACUGGACGCCUCUCCCAGGCCUCUGAUCCCACUCUUUGACCCCAGUUCCGGCCUUCUUGUCCUGGCUGGGAAGGGAGAGAAGGUGCUUUUCUGUUACGAGGUGCAGCCUGCGCAGCCAGCCAUGGUGGAAGUUCACAAGUGCUUUCUGGAGACCCGGACUCAAGGGACGGCCCAACUGCCCAGGCUGGCCCUGGAUGUCACAGCCUGCGAAGUGAUGAAGGUUUUGCAGCUGAGCGACUCCGCCGUUGUGCCCAUCAGCUACCUGGUGCCCAGGAAGUCCACACAUGAGUUCCACAAAGACUUAUUUCCAGACUGUCCUGGAAACGUCCCGGCAGCAUCUGCUCAGUCGUGGUGGGCUGGGGACAACACACAGGUGGAGAUGGUGAGUCUUGAUCCUGCCCACAGGCCCAGCUUGGGCUUCCUGUCUGCCUGCCUGCCUUGUCUCGACCAAGACAACCAGCACCUGCCCUCCGCCCACAUGGAGGCAGGGGAUCAGGUCAAGGAUCUGGACAACAGUGUGGGCAGCAGCCUGUCAUCUCCUGUCAGUUCUCUGGCAUCUCCCUCCAGCGUUGCCCCGUCUCUCUCUGCCACCAGUGGCUUUUCCUCCAGCCCAAGCCAGCGGUCCCUGCAGAAUAUUCUGGGCCCGAGUUCUGCCUUCCGGCACAUCGAGGGGGUCGUCUUGCCUCGCACCACCCACAUCACCAACCUGCGUGGCUUGAGCCUCACCACACCAGGGGAGUGUGAUGGCUUUUGUGCCAACCGGCAUCGUAUCGCCAUCCCACUGCUUGCCACAGGUGGACAGGUGGCCAUUUUGGAGCUCUCCCAGCCAGGGCGACUCCCUGACACCCCGGUGCCCACCAUCCAGAAUGGGGCACCCAUCUCGGAUCUGUGCUGGGAUCCCUUUGAUGAGCAACGCCUGGCCAUUGCUGGAGAAGACACCAAGAUUCGGCUAUGGCGGGUUGAGCCAACCAGACUGCAGAAACAGCUGCUGGAGCCAGAAGUGGUCUUGAGAGGCCACACAGAGAAGAUCUAUUCCAUCAAGUUCCACCCUCUGGCCUCCGAUGUCUUGGCCUCCUCCUCCUAUGACAAGAGUGUCCGGAUCUGGGACAUGCGCACAGGGAGGCAGGAGCUGGGACUGCUCGGGCACACUGACCAGAUCUUCAGCCUGGCCUGGAGCCCCAAUGGAUGCUGCCUGGCAACCGUCAGCAAGGAUGGCAAAGUGCGAGUUUACGAGCCUCGGCAGGCUGCCCAGCCUUUGCAGGAUGGUCCAGGGCCUAAGGGAGGUAGAGGUGCCCGUGUCACCUGGGUCUGUGGCGGCAAAUACCUGCUGGUCUCCGGCUUUGACAGUCGCAGUGAACGCCAGCUCUCCUUGCACCAGGCUGAGGCCCUGGCCACCGGACCUCUAGCCACCAUUGGCCUGGAUGUCUCUCCCUCCACCCUCAUCCCUUUCUAUGACGUGGACACCAGCGUGGCCUUCUUCACAGGCAAGGGCGAUACCAGGGUCUUUGUCUAUGAGGUGGUCCCAGAGGCCCCCUUCUUCCUGGAGUGCAACAGCUUCCUCUCCUGUGACCCCCACAAGGGCUUUCAGUUCCUGCCCAAGACGGCGUGUGAUGUGCGGGAGGUCGAGAUUGCCCGGGCAUUGCGCCUCCGGCAGACUUCCAUUGAGCCGGUGGCCUUCCGGGUCCCCAGGGUCAAGAAAGAAUUCUUCCAGGAUGACCUUUUCCCCGCCACGCAGGCGUGGUGGGAACCUGCCCUGCCAGCCACAGCCUGGCUGAAGGGCGCUAACAAGCAGCACCAAACCAUCAGCCUGCAACCCAAGGACAUGACCUCAGUGAGCCAAGUGCCCAAGGAAGCCCCCAGACGAAAAUACCUGCCCUCCUCUGUCUACCUGGAAGAGAAGUCCGAGGAGCAGAAGAAAGAGGAACUGCUCAGCGCCAUGGUGGCUAAGCUGGGAAACCGAGAUGACCCCCUCCCACAGGACUCCUUUGAGGGCGUGGAUGAAGAGGAGUGGGACUAGUUACAAAGGCUGGAACAGACAGAUGCUCCCUCUCUGCCCGCAGCCCCCUCAGAGGAAGGAAGAGUCAGGCUCGGCCUGCAGGCUACUCCCUGCCAGCUGGCUUCUCCCCAACUUGCUGCUUCUGCUCAGGGGCUGCCCUCCUGCUGGGAUAGGGACUCAGACCACCUGUUUACAAUCAUCCGGCGAAGGCCCGCUCUCCAAGGACACCAUGGCUUCCCCCCAACACAGGGGCCCUCAGGGUCUGUCCUUGGCAGGAGCCUUUCUGUUGCAUCUCAGGCUGUGCAGGGGCUCUUCUCAGCUUGCUGCUUUGAAGCUGGUGGGCCAGUUGCCCAGAAGUGUUCCACGGAGGGCAAGCUGCAAGCAUCCUCGGGACUCAUUCACUGCCCACAUGUGCCCAAGUGAUUCCAAGCUGGCAUCCUGAAGCUGGAGAAGCUUUUGCUUACCAGCCCUCUUCUCAGGAGGAAGCUCCUUUCUCCACCUGAUUCCACCUUGCUGGGUGUAGCCCUAACAUGAAAACCUCCUUCCUCCCUU